AUGAUUUUGUUUGUAAUUUAUAUUGAUUUUAUUUAUUUUUGUAUUAAAAUAGAAAAAAUUAUGCAUCUAUUUUUGAACUUUUACAAAUUAAGCGCAGAAAUGUUCAAUUUGUUUAAAAUUAACAUAAAAGCAUGUAAAAAAGUAUCUUUUGUGGAAGAAACCAAAAUUUAUUUUUUAACAAAGUACAGAUUUAAAAUAAAAGUUUUACUAAUUAUUUUAAAUUAA